CACAAAUGUGGUUAUGAAUUAUUCAGAGAUAGAGUCUAAGGUUCGAGAAGCAACCAAUGAUGAUCCGUGGGGACCUUCUGGGCAGCUAAUGGCAGAGAUCGCCAAGUCUACAUUUAUGUAUGAACAGUUUCCUGAAGUUAUGAACAUGCUUUGGACUCGUAUGCUAAAAGAUAAUAAAAAGAACUGGAGGCGGGUCUAUAAGUCCCUGCUUCUUUUGGCUUACCUCAUAAGAAAUGGGUCAGAACGAGUAGUUACCAGCGCCAGAGAACACAUCUACGAUUUGCGGUCGAUGGAGAACUACCAUUUUGUAGAUGAGAAUGGCAAGGACCAAGGAAUAAAUGUGAGACAGAAGGUAAAAGAAUUAGUGGAUUUUAUACAGGAUGAUGAUCGGCUACGGGAAGAACGGAAGAAAGCCAAGAGAAACAAAGACAAAUACAUUGGAAUGUCUUCAGACAGUUUGGGAGGCUUUAGAUAUA